AUGGAAUGCUCCAGCUACUCCCUAGAGAUGGUGGCCGUCGCUGUGCCCCGACCAGUAUACAGGGAGGCUGGCCUGAAGCACAGUGAGCAUCCCAAAGUGGAAGGGAUGCUUUAUGAUAAACUAUGUCAGAUUGGAAAGCACAAGCUCAGGGAUGAUGUUCGUAAGAUGGCCUUGAACAUUGCAUUGAUGGUCUCUGACAAGGAAUUCAAGCCAACAGUUGCAUGGCUUGAUAACUUCAUGCGACGGUUUUGCUUGUCAAGAAAAAAAAUGGGAUUCCAUAGCUCAGCAAUGUUGAAAAGGAAAGAUAACGUCCAGCCACAGCCUCAGACUCCAGCCAGUGGAAGUGGCUUGACUCAAGAAGAUGUUUUUAAUGUUUUGGGAUAAACAUGGAUGGGAAUGGACUC